AUGGGUCUCAUCAAGACGCUUAUCGUGUCUGGCGCUGCCGUCGCCGUAGCCAAGGAAUUCAAUAAGAAGCGACAAGACAAGAAACAUUCAAACGGCCCGCAAUACGGACAAGACCAGUUCAGCUACGGCCCGCCUCCUCCUCAACGGCACCAGGGCUAUAGUCAGCACAACUACCAGCAGUACGCGCCCCAGGGUCCUCCGCCAAACUACUACAACCAGCCGAACGCAAACCAGGCCCCGCGACCAGAGAAAUGGUCAAAAUACUGA